GCAAACAACACUCUCAGCGUGAUCAGCGCCUGGACUUUUGACACGUAGCCGACCAGUGACUCACUUUUCCUCUUUCCCCCACACACACACAAAACAUGUGCAUGUCUUCCCGAAUGGAGUGGGCGGGGCGAAAGGGGAAUGUUUGAAGCUGUACGGGAAUCGAAAGGUAAAGUAGAUUGAUACUUCACCCUUUCCAUGAGGACGCAGGAGGAAUAGCUGGUUGUUUCUUGUUGUUUCUUGUUGUUUCUUGUUGAUGGACGAGUAUAUUGAAUGCAACGCAGAACCUAGGUCUCUUUUGGUUGCAAAGCUUGUACCCAACCGAUCUCCGGAAUUAGAUUUUAAAUCUGGCUCUGAAACUUGGGGUGUGGCAUUUUCACCCGACGGCUCGUACUUUGCCUGGUCGCAAGGAUACAACAUCGUAACAUUGAUUCCUUGGCCACUUGAAGACCGCAGAAUAAGCCAUAAAAUUGCAAGUCGUUUAAAAUUGGACAGAAAAGGAAGAAGUCAAUGUGGGGAAAAGAUAAUCGAUUGUGGUCAGAAUGUGUGGGGGUUAGCAAUUGGUGCACCCCAGCCUGAGAAUGGAGGUCGGUCGUCAGUGAACCAAAGCAAAUGUGUGUCUCGGAUCUCGGGGAUGGUCCUCGCCACAGGUCUCGCCAAUGGAGAAAUCAAACUGUGGGAAGUGCCUUCUGCACAUCUACUUUUCAAUUUAAAAGGGCAUCAGGCUGUGGUGAGGAGUAUUGCUUUUAUCUCCAAUGAAAACUUCAUGCUGGUCUCUGCAUCACGAGACACGACUUUGCGGGUAUGGGACCUACAACAGGACGGUAAUCUACUGCAUCUAUUAGAUGAUCACAGACAAUGGGUCUAUUGUUGUGCUGUGUCUCCUGACUCAAGCAAGCUUUGCUCUGUGGGAGGAGGAAAGACUUUGCAGGUUCUCCUGUGGAGCACAAUUUCGUAUACAGUGAUUCGGAAACUCGAAGGACAUAAUGCUGAUGUAGUUUCGUGUGAGUUUUCCCCUGAUGGAGCUUUAUUAGCAACUGCAUCGUAUGAUACGCACGUAAUCGUAUGGGACCCACACACUGGAGAAAGCCUGAUGAAGCUGAGACACUGUUCACCAGCUGCUGCUACUCUGGAUGUCGAUGAUGGUUUCAGGACUGCCUUUGUACGAGCAGUCUCAUUUUCCCAGGAAGGUCUAAAUCUUGCCUCGGUGACUGAUGAUAGAUUGCUGAGAAUUUGGUCCUUGGAUUUACAAAGGCCAAUAACAGUUGCCCCUCUGGCCAAUGGCUUGUGUUGUACAUUCUCUCCACAUGGUGGUGUACUGGCUACAGGGACACGAGACGGUCAUGUUAAAUUCUGGACUGUAUCGAGGGUCCUGCCAACUCUACAACACAUUUGUCGCAGUACUCUACGCUAUGUGAUGUCAACCCAGCAGAUUAUGCUCUUGCAAGUGCCAAAGAAGAUAAAAGAGUUUUUAACUUACAAGUCAUUUUAGUCUAUCACAAAUGGGGUGUAAAUUACCCGAGGAAAAGAUAAUUGUCAUAUCGUGUCAUAUCAGACAAUUAGCUGUAAAUUAAAAAAAAAACAAGAUUUUGAUGUGCAUUUGUUACUAGAAUUCUCUACAAUUAUGCCACAAUAUUAGUCAUCAAAAGACCCCUUUUAUAUCCUUACAAUUACAUUUUAAAAGUGAUUGCUGUUCAAGAAUCCCCUUGACACAGAUAUUGAUUGGCCCACUGAGGUCCUCCCAACAGUUUGAUGUUUUUUUUGCUCCUAAUUCCAGCAUCUGUAGUCUUUCUCAUCUCAAGAAUAUUUUUGUCUAUCUUGUGAACUUUUAAUAUUUAGAAUAGUCACAACCUAGCAAAUGUGCUUACAUUGUCACUACGUUUAUAUUUUUGUUUUGGGGGAAUAUGAUUUGUCAUAUAUUUGAAACUUAAUUGCUCUAGAGUAACAAAUCACAGAAAUGUUCUAUUCUUUUGAUUCCACAUUGAUGAAAAACACUUUCUCCUUCCCAACCCCUCCCCUCAAACCAUGGACUACAUCAUGAUUAAGUUAGGUUCAAUAAAAACAAAAAAAACUGCUACACUCUGGAAUGCCCGAUUGUAUCUGUGGUUAACACUGCAGGUUGAAACCCCUUUACAAGAUGUUAGGUACUGGGUAAUUUAUUUUAAUUCAUUUAUCCAGAAAGACUGCGGCACAUCCUUAUUACAUAAUUUAAUUUAUUACUUUAUGGAUAUUGAUUAAAUGUUUUGAUGACGCUGAAAAUGAUCCUAAAUUUACCUUGACUCAUUUGUAACCUCCUAUAAGCUGGUUAAAGUGAUAAUAAUUUGAUUUACCUUUAUCUUUUUACAUGAUUGGAAUCUCUUUGCAACUGCGAACCAUAACCAUUUAAUGUUUAACGAUUGUAUUUGGUUAAUGUUCCUUCAUUUGUUCUCAUUUAGUUUUUAAUUUUACUUUCACUUUAGAUAAUUUGCCCUGGAAUUAGAUAUAGUCGUAUAAAAGUAAAUUGGUAAUUUUCAUAGCAAUAUGAUUCCAAUAUGGGAAGUGCACAGUUUAAAAGAUUAAUUUAUGGAUUUUUAAUUCCAAUUUUAUUUGAAUGUUAAGCCUGACGUAUGUAAGAAUUUUUAUUUGUAGAAUUUUACAGUAAAGAAAUUAGUGCACACUAUGUGACUUAAUACACCUGUAUUCAUCUGCCUUCUAGUUCUGCACUUCCAUUGUUUGCCAUGAUGUGGUUUUAAUCUCUGGUUUUGGAAUUGAAAGUAACAAAUAUAGAUCAAAUAAAGGAAAUAAAUUGGGAGAAGUUUUUUGUAGUUUUGCUGAAAUUGCCAACCAAUGGUACUAAAAAUGGAAUGGGUUUGCCCUUUCAUCAUUUUUUAGAUGACAACUAUGCACGUCAUAUAGAAUUAAACUAUGUAUCACAUUUUUCGAUACAAUCAUUCACAAUUUUAUAGUUCUCCAGCAUCUAAGUGCCCUCCAUUUUCAGUAUGAUUUAACAUACUAAUUGUCUUAAGAGGCUUAACUUUCUGUAUAAACCUAUUUAAAAUAGAAUAUAUUUUGUACAUUUAACUCUAAUAAAGAUAUGCUUUGAAUGCAC